AUGUCUCGUCGCACAGCAGUAAUCGAAGAAUUCGAUGAUGACACUGAACUUCCGCUCCCAUCGCGUCCACUCAAUACUGGGCCGCACGAUAUGUCUGCGCUAGGCCAAGCAUCACAAUCACAAUCACAAUUUCACGCCCCAACAUCGUCUGGUCAAUCGCAAGGUCAACCAUCCAAUACUAUCACUGACAUCACGCCUUAUAAGAAAUGGACGUGCAUCUACCCUAUCUAUAUCGAUGCAAAACGGCCAUAUGGGACGGGUGAGCGCCGGAUAGCGCGCGAAAAGAGCGUUUGGUGGCCUUUGAGCAAGGAUAUCGCCGAUGCGACUAGCCGGCUUGGAUUAGGCACCUUGCACGAAGUGCAGAAAUCUCAUCCUAGAGACUGGGAAAACCCUGGCCGUGUACGCGUGCAGUGGAAGAAAGAUGGGCGGCUGAUGAACCCCGCGAUCAAAACGAAAAAACAGCUGCUGGAGAUGAUAUCCUUCCAGAUCCAACGGAUAAAACAAGAUAAUAUUCCCCGCCCACCAUACGUAAUGACCCCGCCCCCAGUGUCUGCCGCUCAGCCAGCGGUCAAACCUCCCACGUCCGCGAAAGGCAAGCAGAAGUCCAAAGCGGGUUCUGGUGUUGCCGUCCAGCUUUCCAAGUCAAGUCAACAGCGCUUGCCUACACCUCCACAACCUCUGCCAGCUUUGGCAAGCCGAGUAUCUCCUUACUCACCAGCUUUACCCACGGGAAUGCUCAUCGAGACCGUUAAAGCUGGUAUGAGUGCGCAGGAGCCAGGCCAACCGGGUAUACAAAAAGGUAAACGGAAGGUUCUCAGAGUUAGGGGAUGA